CUGCGCUACUUCGCGUCCUGCUGCCGCGGCCUCGAGGAGGUCCUGGCGAGCGAGCUGUCCGGCCCCCGCAUCCGGUCGCCCGAGGUGCGCGUGGGCAAGUCCGGCUGCGAGUUCGACGGCGACAUGGGCGUGCUCCUGCGCGCGGGCCUCGAGGCGCGCACGGCGACCAAGGUCAUGGAGCUCCUGGCCUGCGAGGCCGGCGUCGAGACGGCGCAGGAUCUGUACGACGUCGCGCGCAACGUGCCCUGGGACGCGCUCAUGCGCGUCGACGGCACGCUCCGCGUGGACACGACGCUGGGCCGCGCGCCGUCGGCGGCGCUGACCCACUCCCACUUCUCGUCGCUCACCGUGAAGAACGCGAUCGUCGACUCGUUCCGCGCGGGCAACCGCCUCGGGAGCCGGCCGAGCGUCGACACCAAGGCCUGCGACGUGCCCGUGCACCUCUACGUCGACUACGACGAGGCGCGCCUCUACCGCGCCGUCGCGUCCGAGUCGCUCCACAAGCGCGGCUACCGCGGCGACGUCGCGCACAAGGCGGCUUUGCGGACGACCGUCGCCGCGGGCCUGCUGUAUCUCGCGGACUGGCCGGCGAAGGCCGCCGCGGGCGCCGUGCUCUGCGACCCCAUGUGCGGCUCGGGCACGCUGCCCGUCGAGGCCGCGCUCAUGGCGCGGGACGUCGCGCCGGGUUUGAUUCGCGCGGGCUUCGGCCCCGCGGGGCCCCCCUCCGAAGCCCCCCUCCGCUUCGCGUGCACGACCUGGCUCGACUUCGACGGCGACGCCUGGGACGCGGCCCUCGGCGCGGCCCUCGGCCGCGCCCUGCCCCGCGCGCCGGCGCAGAUCCUUGCGAGCGACGCGCACGACGGCGCGCUCCGCCUCGCCAAGGACGGCGCGCGGCGCGCGUCCGUCGACCGCGACGUCGUCUUCGCGCGCGGCGACGCGGCGACCCUCGCGCUGGGCGCGACACCCGACGUCGUCGUGAGCAACCCGCCCUGGGACGGCCGCCUCGACGGCGCCGAGGAGGCGUGGGACGCGCUGGGAUCGUUCCUCCGGCGCGAGGCGCCGGGCGCCACCGCGCACGCGCUCACGGGCAACAUGGCCGUGACGCGGAACCUGCGCAUGCGCGCGUCGUCGAAGCGCAAGCUCGUGUCGGGCGGCGUGGACCUGCGCUUCCUCAAGUACGAGGUC